CCAGUGCACGAGCCCGUUCGCUGCACGAGGUGUCGAGGGCGCGCACGCUGGCUUUGCGGAAUGUUCUGGGCAGCUUCCCGUUGAUCCUUCGAUACGGCUUAUCCUGCUGGUGUGCUUUAUGACCCCAUUCAUUUUUUUUAUUUUAUUUUGACUAAAAUAACUCUAGGCAUUUCCUCCAGCUCACGAUGCAGACGCUCACCCCGCACGUUUACUGGGCUCAGCGGCACGGCGAGAUUUACCUGCGCGUGGAGCUGAGCGACGCUCAGAACCUCGAUAUCAGCGUGCAUGACAACACUCUUCACUUCAGAGCCCAGGGUCAUGGAGCGAAGGGAGACAAUGAGUAUGAGUUCAGCUUGGAGUUCCUGGAACCAGUCGAGCCCCAGGUAACUCACAGGUCCACUCAGCGUCAGGUGAACAUCACAGUCAGGAAGCAGGAGCACUCAUGGUGGGACCGCCUAACGCUGCAGGAACGCAAGCCCGUCUUCCUGGCCCCCGACUUUGACCGUUGGAUGGAAGAAUCCGAUGCGGAGAUGGAGCUCCAUGCCAAGGAGGAGAAAAUCAACAAAAUCUCUGUGGAGUCUCGGUCUCCCAAGGAUCCCUACCUAGGCCUGAAAAGAGGCUACCUCUUCAUGUACAACCUGGUGCAGUUCCUGGGCUUCUCUUGGAUCUUCGUCAACAUGACCGUGCGCCUCUUUAUCCUGGGACAGGAUUCCCUCUAUGACACCUUCCACACCAUUGCUGAUAUGAUGUACUUCUGCCAGAUCCUGGCUGUGGUAGAGGUCGUCAAUCCCGCCCUGGGUAUCGUCAGAACGGGACUCAUGCCACCGCUUAUCCAGCUGGUGGGGAGGAACGUCAUCCUGUUCGUCAUCUUUGGGAGCCUGGAGGACAUGCAGAACAAAGCGGUGGUCUUCUUCGUCUUCUACCUGUGGAGUAUAAUCGAGAUCUUCAGGUACCCAUACUACAUGCUGGCCUGCAUCAGCACGGAGUGGAGCGUGCUCACCUGGCUCCGCUACUCUCUCUGGAUCCCUCUGUACCCUAUGGGGGUGCUGGCAGAAGCGGUGGCCGUCAUCCAGUCGCUGCCCAUCUUCGAUGAGACGCGUCUCUUCAGCAUCCCACUUCCCGAAAGCUUGGGCAACUCCCUGAGCUUCUCCUACUCGCUGCAGAUCUACCUCGUGCUCAUGUUCCUGGGUCUCUUCGUCAACUUCCGGCACCUAUUCAGGCAGCGAAAGCGCCGUUUACGCCCCAAGAGGAGGAAGCUGCAGUGAAGCUGCUGGUCUCUGAAUGACUGGGACAGCUCCUCCAUUCUCCUGCUGGCUGUCUUCCCGCUGCCCACCCCAGCUUCGGCACUGUCCCCACCCGUCCCUUCCUGUCCCCACAAGGCGUCCCUCAGCAAGGUGGCACUCUGGUACACACUGAUCAUCCCUGCUCAGUGUGUUGGUUUGUAUAGACCUCUUUGCAUGGAUAAUUUGACCUGAGUAUUCAACUCUUCAAGUCACAGAACCACAUGCAUCAUUUCUGUUCCUGAAGAGGGCGCCGUAAAACCCUGCAGGUGUAUCUCAUGCACUCUACUGCUCCAAGAUAGCUGUCUAGCCCCAUGUGGUAGAAGGCUCUGCCUUCUGAUACUCUUAGGUUUCGUGUUGCAAGGCCCCGCCCAUCUCCUGCAGGACGCAGUGUGCAUUCGCUAACCGUUUCCACGUCCACUCAAGCUUGUCUGCAAUUCCACAGACGCAUCGUCGCCGUAAAUAUCUGUAAAAUGAGACACUGACGCUGCUGGUUUUCCUGGACAGACUGAACGUCAUUUUGGCAUUAAGAGGAAGCAGGCUGAAUGCUGUCUGGAGCUGGUACAGUGAUGAUGCACCAUUGCUGGGCUUCUUAUAUUACCCAGAAGCAUUAGCACACGCUUUGCUCCCCGGCCUGUUCACACACCUCCUCCCUGCUCUUAUACACUUUUCCCCAUCCUCUUUAUAUUAUCUAAUAUUUAUAUCUGAUAUUAUUGAUCAGUCAGAGGGUAUGUGGCUGUAGUAUAUUGAAUCAGAAUGCCUGCUCGGUGAAAUGGAGCGACUCGCCUGACUCUGCUGGACUCCCAGAAUGCAGUGGGUCGUGUCUCCCUGCUUAUCACUCUGAUCUGAGUGUGAAUCUCACAGCAUGUGUUUUCAUAGCAGUAUUAACACCACAUGUUCCUAUCUGCCACGGCGCUCAGCAAAUGGAGGACACCAAAGAAAUGUGAAACGUUGUUCUGUUUUUUUCCGGACCAGAGUGUGAGGGGUUGGUGUUAAUUUGUUUUCUCAUAGCACAAGAUUAUGGGUGGGUCGUGGUGGGGUGGGGGGGUAGAUGCGAGGUGAUGAGUCCCACCAUCGCAGGCCUCUCCGAGCUGCUGCCUUCCACUGUGUCAGGACAUCUGCAGGGUGAGGGACAGCGAGGGACAGCACGCUUCUAAACCAGGCAACAAGAUGGAGGCUCGUCUCAUCAGUGAAUAGGCCAGUUUAUGAAGGAUGGUAAAUGUCACUAUUCUUAAAAUAAAGGUUGGGAGAAAAAUGUGA